UCCAGAACACUAGGUGGCACUAAUGUCUCGUUUUAGUCUUGUGAACUCAAACACGUCUGCAUUUCACAGGAGAAAUAAAAGAAGACUGAAGGCUGCAGAAGUUUUAACCCAAAAUACAAAGAUAAUCUAAAGCAGCACUGAGAUGGAAAUGCAGCUCCCACCUCACGAGGGAGACGAGCUCUCAGUGGUGGACAUGCACACAGGCGGAGAGCCUUUACGGGUUAUCCUCAGCGGCUAUCCAGAGGUCAAAGGUGACAGUGUGCUGUCCAAACGCCGCUACGUCCGGGAACAUCUGGACCACCUCAGGAGGGUGCUGAUGUACGAGCCGCGGGGACACUAUGACAUGUACGGAGCCCUGAUCGUGGCCAGCGAGAUCCCCGAGGCUGACCUUGGGGUGCUGUUCAUGCACAACGAGGGGUACAGCACCAUGUGUGGACACGCCGUCAUCGCACUGGGACGCUUCGCUGUGGACUACAAAAUAGUGAAAGAGCCACAGUCACCAGAGACCCAAGUGAACAUACACUGUCCCUGUGGCCUGGUGAAGGCGUUUGUCGAGUACUCUGGUGGUAAAACAGGAGGAGUAAGGUUUCUCAGUGUGCCCGCGUUUGCAUUCGCCACAGAUGUGACGGUGACUGUGGAAGGGUUUGGUGAUGUGACUGUGGACAUCAGCUACGGAGGGGCCUUCUACGCCUUUGUAAACGCCCAGAGGUUUGGCCUCGAUGUGGCCGAGUCCAGGACUCGAGAUCUGGUAGACGCAGCCACAGCGGUGACCAACGCCGUCAAAACUCAGGUGAAGUUGCACCACCCAUCCAGUGAGGAUCUGGCCUUCCUCUAUGGCACCAUUCUUACAGACGGCAAAGACAAUUACUCCUCUGAUCCCACUGCCAAUAUCUGUGUGUUCGCAGAAGCACAGGUGGACCGAAGUCCUACUGGUUCCGGUGUUACAGCCCGAGUGGCUCUACAGUAUCACAAAGGUCUCAUCCAGCUGAACCAGACCAGGAUGUUUCAGAGUGGAGCUACUGGAUCCCAGUUCACAGGGAAAGCUGUCGAGGAGACCAAGUGCGGAGACUUCAAGGCUGUAGUGGUGGAAGUUGCCGGCAGAGCUUUUUACACCGGAGUUUCCCGAUUCGUGCAGGAGCCAGACGACAAGCUGACACAAGGUUUUCUGCUGAAGUGAGCCUCAAUUACAGGUUUUAAAACAUGUUUAUACAAAUAUAUAGUGAAUCCAUAAUAAACAGCGUUGAAGAGAUGGUAGCAGUCAUUUCUGUUUUCAUAGUUCAUCAUAACCUGAUUGACCUAAAUUAAGAAAUGUUUUGCAUUCCAUUGUGCAUUACAUACAUGAACUAGGAUAGAGACAGCACAUUGAGAAUCUGUUCAGCAUGAGAAAUUGUGUUUUUAUGGAUUGUAUUUUACAGAAAUGUAAUCGUUUUAAAUUGGUCAUUUAUUUUAUUUGAUACUGCAUUGACUUUAAUAAAUGUACUGUAAGGCCAUCUCGUGUCUGAGCCAAUGCUAAGCUAGCAAUUUUGAGGGAUUUUACUUUUGAAAUGUAAAAUGUUUAAAUUCACCAAAUUCAGCAAUUCCGUAUUCCUUAAACUGCAUUGUCACAUUUGACUUCAAGGUUGUAAUAAUCAAUAACUGUUAUUGAGCUAUUAAGCAUUGAACAGCAUAUGGAGGAAAAAAAACUUAAAGAGCAGUUUAAAAUGUAUUUGCUGACAACAUGUGAAUGUUUGCAGACUGUAACAUUGUUGGAUUUGUCUUAAAUUUAAGAAGGCGGCAGUCAGGUAUCCUGUUCAGUAGCAGUCAUCGACCACUAGAUGGAGCCAGGAGCCUGGCUGCCGUCAGGAUCAUGAAAACAUGAUCCUCUGUCCUAUUCAGAGUCAUGGUGGUAAUAAAUGACUUUUUGAACCUUA